GAAAAAUUAAUUGAAAGUUCACGAACAGAUGGAGAAAUGAGUACAAAUACUGUCCAAGAAGCCAAAGAAGAUGGCGAACUUUCUGAUGACGAUAUUUCUUUUGAUGAAGUUUUAUUUUUCAGUCAAACACUCCACGAUGACAGUGCCAGAAACAUAACAGGGAACAUCCAACGGCAACAGGAACAGGCUGUCCAAGAAACUAUUGGAAAUGUAAAUAAUAUGCAUAAAGAGAUCAAUAGAGGGCCUUACCAUAACAGAAAUAGAGGUCCACGUAACAAGAAAUUUAAACCUGGACAGAACCUUCAUCGCCAAAAUGCCAAUCAAAAAUCUUUUAGUAGACCUAACAUCAGUCCAAGAAACAACCUCUCACAAUUUCGACAAAAUAGCAAUACCACCUGGCAACCGAACAGGAACUUCUAUCAAAUGGGUCCACAGCAAACACCAAGUUCAAGAUUUGGAUGGAUGAAAGGCAAAUUUUCUUCAAAUGCUGCAAAAAUGAAGAAACCCAGCGAAGAAAACUUUGAAGAUUUGUUAAUGCAACAUAAAAAGAUUCAGGAACAAAUUGCUUUGCUUGAAGAAGAAGAAGAAGAUGAGCCACUUGUUACUAAAGUGGAAGAUGAUGCUACAGAUGUAGAAAUAGUUAAAGUUGAAAGGCCAAAUUCAGAAAAUAAUCAGAACAUUGCACCAAAAGCUCUGACAAAAAAGGAUGAUGAUGAUGAUGAUGAUGACGUUAAUUUAGCUGAAUUGAGAAGAUUGGCUUUAGCUGCAACAUCUAAGACAUUGACAUCUACCAAUAAACUGCAAACAACUCCAUCUGAUCUUGGUGCCCAACGCCAGCGUCAAGUUAGUGGUCAGAGCAAGAAGAAACCAUCACCAAAAGUCUUGAAAAAUAACACUUUCAAGCGAAUGGCGUCUGUUGAGAAAAAAAGGAGAUCUCUAGAGGAUAGAGAAAAUUUUGUUACGCAGAGAACACCAGUGAAUUCCGCUAGAAGACAUCGACAUUUUUCAGAAAGAAAGAGAUCUGAUAUGGAGAGUGAAAAAAGAAAACGACAAGAAUCGGAAAAUCAGAAACGAGAAAUCCAAAAAAUUUUAACACUAGAUGACCCGAAUGAACAAUGUCAAAGAUUUUUGAAGUUAUUAAAUCAUAAAAGAGAUUCAUCAAAGCCUGAUGCUUUUGAUAUUCUAACCAACGAAACUAUUAAUUAUGGUUUGCCAAUGAAGAAGAACUUGAAGUCUAAUCGUAAGAAUGAUGUACCAUUACAAGAUAAUUAUGAAGAAGUAGAAAUGGAUAUUGAUAGUAAUCCUAAUUCUCCCAUUACAACUGGUGCUGCUAAUCUAAUAGAAGAAUUCCAUGAUGCUGACUAUCAGAGUGCAAUGCAGCCAGUUCCUUUAAUGGCAAGAUUUGUCAUGAUCAGUUUUAUGCUGUUCAUGAAUUAUUUACACAAAUUUAUUUAUUUAUUGCAAUACUUCGAUGUAUUUUGUUUAUCCUGCAAGCGCCUACUCUCACAAAUAAAAAUCCCCCC